CUCUCAUCGUUAUAUAGAGCUGCUCUCCCCACACACACAUACACACACACACAUACACACACACACACACACACACACACACACACCUACACAUACACACACACAUCUCACACUCGUGGUUUUGUGUGCAGAGUGGAGGAGACUAUCGCAGACACCAUCAGCAGCACCAACGCGCCGGACAGGAAAACACAGAUUCGGAGCUGAUCCACCGGGAUGCCAACCGUGAAGGAAAAAGAGGACAGCAUCUAUAUUUGAAUUGCUCGUCUCCUCAUACACACUCCUUCAUCUUCCUGCAACCUGCUCGCUAAAAUCCACAUUACACAAAUCUCCGAUACUGUAUUUCACCAGAAAUCCCCAUUUUCUGCUGAUCCUGUUUAUCUCUCAUCUUGACAUCUCCACUUCGAUGUGCCUCUACCGUUGAAUUUUUGUCAAAUGAGAAGGUUGGCAGUAGCUCCAGGGCACUGGUCCUCCUGAACCCUGACUUCUGACACAAACUUCACCCUCACAUCACCCCUUCCCUUUCCUCUUCCUGUUUUAUUCUUCCUUAUCUGUGCUUGCCAUGUCCAACGACAGCGGCUUCCUCAGUGUCUGGGGGGCCUCGGAUUGGACAGAUAGCAGUUCUUGCCCUCCUUCGGUGGGUGGAGCGACUUUUCUGAUCGUGGCAUACAGUGUUUUCAUGGCAAUUGGGUUGCUAGGCAAUGCAGGCCUGGUGUUCAUCAUCGCUCGGCAGCAGGAGUUGCGCAACGUCACCAACAUCCUCAUUGCCAACCUGUCGUGCUCUGAUAUCCUUAUGUGUGUGGUGUGUUUGCCUGUUACCGUCAUAUACACACUGAUGGAUCGCUGGGUGCUGGGAGAGGCCCUGUGCAAGGUGACACCCUUUGUUCAGUGCAUGUCGGUGACGGUUUCCAUCUUCUCCUUGGUGUUGAUUGCUCUGGAGCGCCACCAGCUGAUCCUCCAUCCCACUGGCUGGUCUCCUGCUGCCGGACACUCCUACCUGGCUGUAGCUAUAACAUGGCUGGUUGCUUGCUUCAUCUCUCUGCCGUUUCUGUCUUUCAACAUCCUCACUAAUGACCCCUUUCAGAACAUCAGCCUGCCUGUCAACCCCUUCAGGGACCAUUUGAUCUGUAUGGAGCUGUGGCCAUCAGAAAAGCAUCGUCUUGCCUACACGACAUCGCUGCUCCUGUUCCAGUACUGCCUGCCUCUUUUGCUGGUGCUUCUCUGCUACCUCAGGAUCUUCCUUCGCCUCAGACGACGCAGGGACAUCUUGGAGCGCAGCAGGAGGACUCGAGGAGCCCAGAGGAUUAACGUCAUGCUGGUAGCCAUUGUGGUUGCCUUCGCUUUGUGCUGGCUGCCUCUCAAUGUCUUCAACACACUGUUUGACUGGCACCACCAGGCUCUCCCCGACUGCCAGCACGACGCCGUCUUCUCCGCCUGCCACUUGACCGCAAUGGCGUCCACUUGCAUUAAUCCAGUGGUGUACGGCUUUCUCAACAGCAACUUCCAGAGGGAGCUCAAGUCCACUUUGCAGCGUUGCCAGUGUGGUAACCGGCCGGCGGAGAGCUACGAGAGUUUUCCCCUGUCCACCAUGGGAAGCGAGGGCAUCACUAAAGCCACUUCCCUCAACAGGAUGGGAUCAGUGUGUGUUCCAUCACCCAGACCUGAUCUCAAUACAGCAAUACCAGCCAAGGCUAUACCAGUUAAUACCUAGGAAUCCUGUCUCUGAAGUGGCUGAUGUGCCAUUGUCCUAUGAGGGAGUCGCUGAAAGCUUUACCAACAUGUACAGGCCAUCAGCUGUAACAGACAGAUGACAAACAGUUGCUGAACAUUUCUGAGCAUUUCAUUAGAGGACAGGGAGGUCAUACUCUACUUCAGCUUUACUUCAGUUUCAUCAGACAGUGAGACAACUUACUUUACUUGGGGUGAGUGUUCAAAGAUAGGCACAGUUCCAGAUGCUAGCUUAAGAUCAGGAGCAAGGUCUUGUAAACAAGAACCUGUAAUAAGCAGCAGAUGAACUGCGAGCACAAAUGAAGAUGCUAGGAAAAGGAAAAAGGUGUAGAAGACACAGGAAAUUGUGCUUGGUAUCAUAAAUGGAGAUCUAUUGAACCUGUGAGAAGGUUCUGCUGUAGUCAGUGAAACACAGACAGAUGACUCAUUUAUAGAACAUGUAUUUUAUAUGUAAUCACCCAAGUGUAAAUGAUUCCAUCAUGACAGUCAACAAUGUGGAUAAGCAUGCCUAACUGAGCAUUUUAACGAAGUGGUCAAGAUCCCUGGAGCUUGCUUUAAGGUAUCCAGUGGAUUUUUCACCAGUUGUAGUCGUAUAGAAAAACGUUUUCCAGAGUGAGCCACCACUGUUUGCCUCUCUUCGGCGAGGUUGCAUGUGAUAUAUUUUGUUGCCAGUAGUUUUACAUUCUUUAUUCUGACUUACAUUUGGCAUAAAUGUAAGAAAUUAUCAAAAUGCCAGAAAAAGGCAAGAAUGAAGCGGGCAGGAUAACAUGUAUGUAAAUAAUAGAGAUUUGAAAUUCUUCCUCAAAUCUUCUUUGUAUACAAUUUAUGACGGUCGACUACAUAUAAUUUUGGCUUUAAAGGAUAUAUGUAAUGCAUAAUAUUAUGAAACACUGAAUGUAAACUUUUUUUUUUUUUUACAGUAAACCUCCACAGGUAAACUGACCUUUAACUGCUGAAGUGAGUGAGGCUCCUUAACAUUAAUGUAUUGUAUAACUCAUUAACUAUGGAAGGUGUCAUUGUGAACCAUUGAUGUGCGAUGAAUAUGACAUGUUGAGCAUCUAGAAACUUGAAUGGAUUUGUCCUUGUUUCAAUGGCUGAGUUAUCACUAUCAUGAAAAUUUAUGACAGAUGUAAUUUAUAAUCAUGCCACUCAGCCUUACUUUCUCUGAAUGGGAUAAAACUGAAUGUUUAAUCUAUAAAUCCUUAGGACUCAGCAUGUUUUGUAGCAGUUGGGAGAUCUAGUCAUCCAAAACAGGUGAAGAUGUAAAAGUGGCAGAAGUGAAGAGAAGUCAUUUUAAGGAUACACUCCAUGAUAAUUUAUUUAUUUAUUUAUGUAUUUUGAUCGAACUGAUUAAAGUGAUUUUUAGAAACUGAAAUGAAAAGGACCUAAUGGCUUCUCAAGUCCAGUUUCACGAAGGAACUUUGUGUCAAACUUUGUAUUAAUAUUUAACAUUUUUACAUUUGUAUUGUACAACACAUUUUUACUUCAUCUGAUCUUUAACCAUAUUGAGGCUGAUGAAGAUUAGGUUCAUCUUUUGACCUGCAGCCCUCCAGCAUUAGAUCACUGGAAAUGAAACAUUGAACUACGAGGCAUCAUU